AUGACAGACCCAACCCCAAACCCAACCACAACAUCUACACAAAUUCAACCCCAAACAGAUCCAGGCCAAGACCCAGAUCUCGACCAACGCCAAAAGGAAGCCCUAGCAGCCUUCACAGCAACCCUCCACAGCGUAGGCACGAACCUCGAAGCACCGCUCCGCGAACGCGCCGCAAUCAUCAACUCUAACGCCCUUUCCCUGGAAAGACAGGAGGCUGAGCUGGCGGGUCAUUCGGCGGCACUGGCGAAGCAGAAUGACGGGUGGGAGAAGGUGGCCGAUGAGACGAGGGCGGGGUUAAAGGAAAUUGGAGAUGUGCAGAAUUGGGCGGAGAUGAUUGAGAGGGAUCUGUUGGCUCUUGAGAGUAUGAUGGACGAGGUUGAGGGAGGUGGGGAUGGGAUGGAUUUGGAUGAGGAUGGGCGCGUUGAUGGGGAUGGGAGUGCUAAUGCAAAUGCAAAUGGUGAGGCAGAUAUGAACGGACAUGGGACUGGGAAUGGAGUCGAGGAUGGAAAGAAGGAGAAGAGAAGGACUUGGUUUUCUUGGUGGUGA